GGGCAAAGGGCAUUUGGUUGGACUCAUGUGGUGGCAUUAAUGGAGGCCUGGGUGUCUUGGCUCUCUCCAUGGAGCACAUGGGAGGGGAAACUGACCUCUGGUGGUGGCUGUGGGGGAGCAAAGGGGAGUGCAUGUGCCUCCAUGUGCUGCACCAGCACCACCCCCUUCCCCUUGCUCCUCCCAUUUCUGAGCACAGAUCAUAUGGAAGAGUGUUGCCAAAAGCCUCGGGAAUGGCCCUGGGGCUGGGGGGAGAGGGGGGGUGGGGGUCUCUGCUCUUGGGCCCUUCUGCUUCCCUUCUGUCCAUGGCUUGUGUUGCCUCUUCAACACUGGGGGUGCCUCCAAACCUUUCCCUCUCCACCAUUCAAUUAUUUUAGCUUGUGGGCUGCCCUCCAUAUGUCUCAAAGGACUGCUCUCAGAUGGUGAGCCAGUCUCCUGGGGUUUAACUGGAGAGUGGUAAGAGAUGUUAUCUUGGCCAUUCUGCCCUCCUCCACUGAGUCCUUAAAUGGAGGCUACCCUCCCUCUUCUCCUCCCAUCAUUUGAAGCUCUCCAAGGAGCUACAAGUAGCCACCUUUCUUUGGGUUGGACAUGGAAGAGAAGAGAAGCAAGAGGAGGCGCGCCUGCUCGCCCGAACCAAACGCUGUAGUCUACGCCGGCUUCCCAUGCAAAUACGUCGGCUAUCUCCUGCCAGCUCUCGCGAGAGCCACCUCCGGUGCUAAAGAACAAAAGAUCGAACAGGUGGUGCGGUUCCAAGUCGACAUGGCGCUGGUGCUCUCGGCCACUGGGUUCAAAUGGAGCCGCGCCUUGAAGCACAAGCUCGAGCGCAGCGAUCACAUAAUCGAGCUCCAGCGCCACCCCAUCGCCGACAGCAUCGAUUCAAAGCUUCAGCUGUUUCUGCCUCCCACCGUCGUCGUCCCUCGGCCUCUGUCUCUGUCUCUUGUUAGGCCAAAAAGCCUGAGCCGGAGGAGUUACAUUAGCUGCAGCAACAACAGCGUCAGAGGGGACGACGAGUUCAGCCGGCGCAUGCGAGCUCUGCAGAGGAUUUUGCCCGGCGGCAGCGAGAUGCGUCCGAGGGAGCUGCUGUCGGAGGUGAAGAGCUACAUGGUGUGCCUGCAGCUGCAGGUGAACAUCCUGAGGACUCUUGUGGAGAUCCACUGAGGGCUACCUGCGUCGAAGAAGGAUAUAUGAGUGUCAACAUACGUACCCCUCAAAACUGUAAUCUCAGCAAUGUAGCAUGCAUGCAUGUCAUCUUUUGUAUGUCAUCUUGUGAUCAUAGGUUAAGAGCCUUCAAAGUAGUAGCUUUAUGUGGUGGUAAUGCUACAUAUCAACCUAUCUCAGGUCAUGCAAUCAAGACAACAUUAAUCACAUUACACCCAA